ACCUGGCAGAAAAUCAAAAGCUUUUGACUUCCUUAUCCUCGUCCUCCUCUAUGAUUUUACAUUCUUGUAACUUUACACUUGGUUUCAUGAAUUCGUCAAAACCAAAAAAAAAGUUGAACACUUGUAUUGUACGGUCAUUGUGAAUUUUGUCAGUGGUGGUCUAUUAACGUUUGGUACGUUACAUUUAUAUUGUUGUACACAUAAACCCAUGGUGUACCCGUUGGUCGUUUUUUAACUACUAGUUUGAACAAGUUUGGGAGCUCAUUGCAGUGAGAUCUUUCUAGUUCAGAUGUUCCUUUCAUCUUGGGUUUUUGAUAAAAGAACCUGGAUUUUCCUCUUCAUCCAUUUCCAGGUGAUCUUUAACCUUGACCCCUUUUGUCUAUUCAUUCAUUUAUGUUCUUGAUUUUGUGUACUGUGUCACUGAUACAUUAGUGGUGAAGAUUUUUGUAAUAUCCUAGAAUUCUCACACCUCUAGUUCUGCAACUUUUGUAGCAACUUUCCAUUAUUAUCUCAGCUUUGCUACUUCUAUUUCAAUCCGCUUUGCUUUUCAAGAUCCUACCCCACUCUGUAUCUCUCUCUCUCUCUCAGUUGAGUGUGUUGUUUAACUAAGAAUGAGUACUAAAAAUUUUGACUUGCUCAUGUGGGUUUCAUCUAUUUUGUGUUUGAUAUGUGUUUCAUAUGGGUUUGAUCCUAUAGACAAUUAUUUGAUAGACUGUGGAUCCCGCACCAAUGAACCGGUGGGUGAUCGCAUAUUUGUGGGUGAUAACUCUGAUUCCAGUAUUCUUUCAACCCCACAAAAGAUUCUUGCAAACACAACCCUGGAAAUUACUUCAUCUCCUUAUAAUUCAACUCUGUUCCAAACUGCAAGAAUACUAGAUGGACCCUCUAGUUACAAAUUUCCAAUUAAGAAACAUGGGAGGCAUUGGAUUCGCCUAUAUUUCUUCCCUUUCAUUUAUCAAAACUACAAUCUGAGCACAGCAAAAUUCUCAGUAUCAGCUCAAAAUAUCACCCUUCUCAAAGAAUUCCAAAUAGAAAGUGGUCCUCAGGUAAAGGAAUACUCUUUGAACAUAACUCAAAGCAAUCUGACUCUUACUUUUACCCCUAGUUCCAAUUCCUUCGCCUUCAUAAAUGCCUUGGAAGUUUUUUCGCUUCCUGAUGAGCUCAUUCCUAAGAGUGCGCAAGCAAUUGUAACAGACAACAAUUACAGUUUGUCGAAUAAGGCAUUAGAGACAGUUGAAAGGGUAGACAUGGGUAACAAAAGUGUGUAUCCCCAAGAUGAUACCCUAUGGCGUCUUUGGGUCUCUGAUGAUACGUAUCUGAUUCACAAUAAUCUUGCAAAGUUUGUGUCAAACACUACAGCUGUCAAUUUCACGACAGACUGGGUAACAGAUAUUAUCGCUCCCUCUUCUGUCUAUGGCACUGCCACUCAGUUGGACUCAGAAUCUGAUCCUAAUACCAAAGCAAAUGUGACAUGGCGUUUUGAUGUUGAUCCUGGCUUUGAGUAUUUGGUCCGGUUUCACUUUUGUGACAUUGGGAGUAUGUCUUCAUCUAGUAUAAGCUUCAAUGUUUAUAUCAACUCAAUGCUUGUUGUUAGAAAUUUUGAUCUUAGCAGUCAAUCAGGCUUGGGUGUGCCUUAUUAUAGGGAUGUCAUCACAAGGUCAAGCGAUAGCCUUAAGCUGAAUGUCAGUGUUGGCCCUUCUGAUAUUGGUAAUUCUUAUCCAAAUGCCAUUCUUAAUGGCCUGGAGAUCAUGAAAAUAAGCAAUUCCAAGGGCAGCCUUGUCUUGGAGUCUGAUUUGAAAAAAAGUUCUAAGAUGAAAGUUGGUUUGAUAGUGGGAUUGGCCAGUGGAAUGUUCAUAGCUGUUAUUUUCGCUAUCAUUCUCUUCGUGCUCUGCAGAAGAAGAAGACGAAGAUAUGCACAUGUCAGCCAUUCAAAGGCAGUAGAAAAUUUUGCCCCUAAUGAAAUGGAGAAUAACUCACCCAACAGGGCUGCUAUCUUUUCUAGCUCAAAAUUUGGGUAUCGCUUUCCUUUUUUGGCAAUUCAAGAGGCUACUGAUAAUUUCAGCGAAAGUUUAGUUAUUGGUGUAGGUGGCUUUGGGAAGGUUUACAAGGGAAUGUUGAGAGAUGAAACAAAAGUGGCAGUGAAGAGGGGGUUUUCUCAUUCACAACAGGGUUUUGCAGAAUUCCAGACUGAAAUAGAAAUGUUAUCUCAGUUUCGUCACCGCCAUCUGGUAUCUCUGAUUGGUUACUGUGACGAGCAAAAUGAGAUGAUCAUAGUUUACGAGUACAUGGAAAAUGGGACCCUAAAGAACCAUCUGUAUGGUUCUGAUCUCCCCGGCUUAAGUUGGCAGCAAAGGCUUGAGAUAUGCAUUGGAUCAGCAAGAGGACUUCACUAUCUUCACACUGGCUCUGCCAAGGCAAUUAUUCAUCGUGAUGUCAAGUCUGCAAAUAUACUACUAGAUGAGAAUUUCAUGGCCAAGGUUGCUGAUUUUGGGCUUUCAAAGACUGGUCCUGAGAUUGAUAAGACGCAUGUCACUACUGCAGUAAAAGGAAGCUUUGGGUAUCUUGAUCCUGAGUAUUUGACAAGGCAACAACUGACAGAAAAAUCGGAUGUGUACUCUUUUGGGGUAGUCAUGUUGGAAGUUCUUUGUGGGAGACCUGUCAUUGAUCCAUCCCUUCCAAGGGAAAAGGUGAAUUUAGUUGAAUGGGCAAGUAAAUCACUGAAAAGAGAGCAAUUGGAGGAAGUUGUAGAUCCUCAUCUCGCAGGUCAAAUUAAACCAGAUUCAUUAAUGAAGUUUGGAGAAAUAGCAGAGAAAUGCUUGGCAGAAUGUGGUGUUGAUCGACCUUCAAUGGGAGAUGUGUUCUGGAAUUUGGAGUGUGCACUUCAACUUCAAGGUAAUGAACGAAGAUCCAGUUGUGCUGGUGAUCUGUCUUCACAAGUUAGUCACGUCAAUCACUUGGAGAUCAGUGUAUCCACUGCACAAUUCAGUGUGGGUGACAUUGCUGGUAUUUCAAUGAGUAAGGUCUUUGCCCAAAUGGUGAAAGAGGAUACGAGGUAGAUGAUGGUGAAGCAAUGUACUAAGCCAAAAAGACUUAUAUUUUUAUUUUUAUUUUUUGAUUUGCAAAAAGACUUAUAUUGAGCUCAACGAAAUGAGUAUUGGAUAUUGUACAUAAGGGGUGUGCCUCGAAUUCCUUAUGAUGAAUUAGCUUGAUUUUGUGUUCCAUUAAAUGUGUAAAUUCCUACCUAGAAGUACACCAAUAUAGCAUUUGCAGUACCAGAUCUGAUUGGUUA